AUGUUCGGAGACUGCUCUGCGCUACAGACUUCUGGAGAACUUCUCGUAUACUCUCGUACUUUCGCUGAUUAUGGGCUUAAUACACCACUGGCCAUCGCGAGUGUCCGAAACAAUGCGCUAUCGAAAGCUCGAAAGCUGCGCGUCGCCUUGGAAUUUGGCUAUAUAAACACUGUCCUCCACAACGCCCUGAAGCCCGGUCUACCAGGGAAAAUGAAAAUAUUCAUUGAGACAAAAGAGCGGAGUUUUUCCGCCCAAGCCAUCCUCGAAAUAGUGCACUACAUCUUCAGAAGCUCGAGGGGCAGGAUUCCAUUUCUCUCGGGGACUGGAGCAAUCCAACCCUAUUAG